AUGCAUGGUACUACUGUGAAAGGGUCAAAGAACAGAGUCAGGAAACUCUUCAGACGGGAACCAUCUGACGAGAUGCACAGACUUCUCAGAGAGGUUAAUAAACCCAUUGCAACUGAAGAGACAAAAGAAAUCAAACAAAAGGCAUGCUGCUGGCAGGAGAGUCACACUAAACUGGAUACCCAGCCCAUGUGGGAAUCCAGGGAAAUGAUGAAGCUGACAUCCUUGCUAAAAGUGCCCUCAUCUUGUCAGUACAACUUAUUUUAUAACUUGUGCGAACGAAUUGCUCACGCCCCGGACUCUCACUUAAAAGACUGGGGUUCGGUCCCGAAAGUGAGUCAGGAAUUUGUUUCUGUGACGCCGGCUGCCCUACUGGCCUCCCCACCGGCCUCCCCGCCAUCCUCCCAGCCUGGUUGCCCCACCAUCCUCCCUGCCGUCUCCCCAGCCCAGCUGCCCCAUCGGCCUCCCUGCUGUACCCCCGGCCCGGCUACCUCACCGGCCUGGGUGCCCCCCCAGCCUCCCAGCCCUCCCGAGGGCCUGGGUGCCAGACCGGCCUCCCCGCCAUUCCCCCUAGCCCAGCUCCCCCACUGGCCUCCCUAUCAUCCUCCCCGUCGUCCCCCUAGCCAGGUUCUUCCACCAGCCUUCUCGCCGUCCCCCCAGUCACACUGUCCCACCUGCCUCCCCACCGAUCUGGCUGCUGCCCCGGCUUCCCACCCAUCCCUGCUGCCCCACCAGCCUCUCCGCCAUCCCCGCUGCCCAACCGGCCUCCCCGCCGUCCCAGCCUCCCCACUGGCCUCCCUGCCAUCCCCGCGGGCCUGUUUGCCCUAUUGGUCUCCCCGGCCUCCCACCAGCCUGGCUGCCCUACUGGCCUCCCUGCUGUCCCAGCUACCCCACUGGCCUCCCUGCCAUCUCCCAAGCACGGCUGCCCCACCAGCCUUGCCAACGUCCCGGCUGCCCACCAGCCAACCUCCCGUCCCUGCUGUCCCACUGGCCUCCCCCACCAUCCCCACCUUCCCAGCUGCCCCACUGGCCUCCCUGCCGUCCUGGCUGCCCCACUAG